GUCAUCAAGUGUAAAAAGUAUAGUAUAUCAAACCUUGAUAAGGACUGAAGAUGACAAAACAUUCUGUAACUUUGAAUGUCAGGUUAUUUGUGGAUCUUCUUUUUGAGACCACCCUGUCUGCUGCAGAGGAAAACCUGACGCAGUCCCAGUCUGACGCCCAGCAGCUGAAGAGUUCAGUCAAGAAGCUAGAGAGCCAGGUGGAAAACUAUAAGAGCAAGGUUCAGAGGGCCCGCUUAGAGUCAGAGGACUACUGCUUAAAGCUGGAGAUCUCAGAGACGAAUCACAGCACCCAGAAACAGCUUGAGGAGCAGGUCCGGGAGUGCAGCAUCCUCUCCAAGCAGCUGGAGCAGCCCCUCAAGGCCGGACAGAGACAGGUGGAUCAGAGCCUACAGCGGGCUUUAUUCAAAGAGGUUCAGCCAGGCCAAGGCUCUGGACCUGGAGAGCCAGCUGGGACUCAGUAGGACAGAGCUCAGUCAGCAAA